AUGGCUCAAAAUUUAGUGAAAAAGUGUAUAUCAGUGGCUGCGAAAGAUGUUAAGGUCAAUUCUUUAACUUCUUUCCAUACUGCUGACUCAAUUAAAAGUGUAAUUAAGGGAUUGGUUAAUAAGAAUACAGCGAAUCUCCCUUUAAAUGGAAAAAUAUUGACAGUAAAAGACAACAUAUGUACAAAAUACUGGCCUACAAGUUGCGGUUCUAGAAUCUUAAAUGAUUAUAUUUCACCCUUUGAAGCUACUCUAGUUAGAACUUUAAAGGAAAAUGGAGGUAUUAUCAUUGGGAAAACAAACAUGGAUGAGUUUGCAAUGGGUACUAAUACUAAUAAUGCAUUGCAUGGUCAAACAGCCUUCCCAUUGAUCAAAGACAAAUCAUACCAAGUAGGUGGGAGUUCUGGCGGAUGUGCAGCAUCCGUUGCGGCAGAUAUUUGUUAUGCGUCAAUUGGUACGGAUACAGGAGGGUCUGUGAGAUUGCCUGCUGCUUACGUCGGGUGCGUUGGCUUUAAGCCUUCUUUCGGAAGAAUUUCUCGUUAUGGUGCUAUGCCUUUUGCCAAUAGCAUGGACACGAUGGGGAUUAUAGCAAAGGAUGUUGAUAGUAUAAUAACCGUAUACGGUUUAUUGAGUCAUGCGGAUCCGAAAGACGCAACGUGUUUAACUACAAAGAUGCGUUCAAAGAUUGAGGCGCAUUGCCAAAAGCAUAAGGUAUCUAAUAAACCUACUGUCAUAGGUAUUCCAACAAAUUGGAACGUCACUGAGACAGACACGGAAGUAUUAUCGAAGUGGAAUGAAUUUAUCUCUUUGCUUAAGUCAAAUAAUUUUGAGAUCAAAGAAAUCCAAUUGCCAUACUCCCUGUACGGUUUAAGUGUAUAUACUACUUUGGCUUAUGCUGAAGGUGCCUCAAACUUAGCUCGAUAUAAUAAUGCCAUCUUUGGAUCAGAUUGCCAAAACCAAGGACGGUCAAUGAAUCCUAGAUCGGCCUUUUUUGGAGAAGAAGUGAAAAAGCGACUAUUGCUCGGAGCUUAUUCUCUUUCCACCGGAAAAAAAACAGGAAUCCAUAGGAAAGCUCAGAUUUUGCGAAGAGCUGUACAAAAAGAAAUGAACGGAUGUUUUCGGAUUCCCUCUUUGCAUGCUCAUGAUCCUUCCGGAGACAUUGAUUUCAUUGUUACACCUUCCUUCUUGAAACCCAGUAUGCCAAUUGGGACAAAGCAGCCUUAUGAUUUUUUGUCUGACAGCAUGUUGGUACCCGCAAACUUAGCAGGCUUACCUUCAAUAAGCAUUCCUUUUGGACAAGUACAUGGUGGUUUACCAAUGGGAAUACAACUAAUUGCUCAAUAUGGCGAUGAUAAUGCUUUGUUAUCUUUUUCUAAAUGUUUUUGUUAA